AUGGAAGAUUAUGGAAUACGUGAUCCUGCUGAGAAUCUCUAUGGGGGUGUAAUAGGUAUUCCUGUUGAGAAUCUCUAUGGAGAUGUAAUAGGUGAAAUAAAAUGUUUAGAUUUGCAGUUUCGCUAUAAAGGAAAGUGGCGAAGCUUAGAUGGUACUGAAGUAAUAGACUUUCAAAUUCGCAAAAACCCAUCGUUCGAUCUAGUAUUGGGACAAGAUUGGUUAUGGAUGCAUAAAGUAAAAAUAGGUUUCGGGUUUUCUUCUAAAAUCAAUGAUUUUUAUACUAAAAUUGAAAUAGAUGGUAUGAGUAUCCCGAUCGAAAAAGAUUUUAACAAAGCCAGCUCUAGUAAAAAUAACUUAUCUAAAUCAACGGAAUCUAAAUCUGGUCUAACUCAAGAGGAGGUUAUGAAUAUAACCAAGAAACUUCUUUCAAAUGCCAAAGAUAAUAAGCACCAAAAGAGACAUCACGGAAUAUUUAGCAACAUACCUCUUACACCUCCACCAUCCAGAAGAUUAAAUGAUGAUGUUUCCAAAAAUAGCGGAGCCAGCCAUGGAGGUGGAAAGCUUUCGAUCAAAACACUUCUCAAUAAUAUUUGGAAAAAAGUCUAUUCCUUAGAAAAUAGUAUAGAUAAUAUAUGUGAGGCACUCAUCGAAGAUCAAAUUCUUGAAAGGCUUAUUAAAAUCGAAAAGGAGCUAAAGCAUAUAAAGAGAGUUUCGGCAGUAGGACUGAAGCGGUAA